GCGGAACGGGAUAUUCGGAAUUGAUCAUCGCCUCGGCCAUGAAAGUUGGUGGCCUUUUUUUGGCGGUCAGAUAGCUGGGCCGUUUUGGUCUCGAUCUCCGUCUCCGUGGCGGCUAUCUACCAUGAAUCCAUCGUUGAACUCAUUAGGGACUUGAUGGGUCCAGGGGACGGACACGUGAAGCGAGCAGAAGCGCUGCGUGCCAACCGGCGGUUAAAGGUCGCCAUCCUCGGCGCCGGCAUGGGAGGCAGCGCUUUGGCACUUUGGUUGCGCCGCUUUGGCGAAGGUUGACAUCGCAGUCAUCACCAAUGGCCCUGUUGGUGGAAGAUGCCAGGCCGUGGAGUUUGAUGGUCAUCGCUACGAGGCGGGUGCAUCCAUCAUUUCCGAGGUGAACGUCCUUUUUAAGGCCUUGAUGUCGAGGUUCUCGCUCAAGAAGUUGGAGCGGUCCAGAUGCAACAUGCCUCUUGCCGUAUACAAUGGCACUCGCUUCCUUUUCAGUACAGCCAGCACUGCUGCUAGCGGUUGGAAAUGGGUGGCGAAACUGUUGAGCAGCUGGAAGCUCAUGUGGCGCUUCGGCAUUUUUUCCCUGCUCAGACUCAAAGGGCUCUCAAAGCGUUCAUGUGCCCCGAACUUUCUGCGACUUUAUCGUGCACUUCGUGAUGGUGCUACCUAUGUGCAUCCUCGAGAAUUGCUCAGCACAUUGGGCCAUGGUUGCCUUUGUCUCACUCAACGGCCUGCAGACCAAUGGCUGGUGAGAGAGAUGGGCAUCCCUGGCCCUCUUGUACAAGAGCUCGCUGAGCCUGGCAUGCGAUGCAACUAUGGUGGCCAAAGUUGCAGCGCACUUCAUGCAUUGGUCGGCCUCGUCAGUAUUGUAGGUGGAAUUAGCAGCAAGUGCUUCUCGGUCAUCGGCGGAAAUUCUCAGGUGGCUGAGUGCUCCAUGGCCUCUGCGGAGCCGAGGAUCAUCCGGGGCCUUGGGCGUGUGAUUCGGAAGAACCGAAGCAGCACCCUGUACGAGCCUGCUUUUGAGGUGGGAUACUUUGCAACCCGGCCGAAAGAGGGGAGCGCCUCUUCGGCGGCUGAAGCCAGUCGUGGCACAGAGAGUGCUGACACCGAAGGGCUCUUCAUGGAGGCGUUCCACAUUGUCGUGGUUGCCCACCCGUUGGAGCACUCCAGCCUGACGUUCGAGGAUUGUAGACCUUGACUUGCUACAGGCCAGCAGCACGCCUGAUUUUCGGCGAUGCACAGCCCAUUUCGUUCGUGGCAUCUUGAACCUGCGCUACUUCGCCGAGGCCCCAAUUCGCCAAGCAACUCCGAGUGAACUGCGCCGGGCCAGUGGCGCCUAUGAGGAUGAUCCUCAACUGUCCAUGCCCCUUUUCGCUCCCGCGCAGAUCCUCACCACCAGUGAUUCCACCACGCCCUUCUACUCUGUAGGCUUGCAAAUACCUGUGGAGACCAGCUCAGUGUCCACAGCGGAUGAGAUCGUGGCAAGUGCAGAGAAAGGAGAGCCUCAGGUCUACAAGAUUUUCGCUCCUCGCCCAUUGCCAGAAGAGGAGCUGGACAAUUGGUUCCACAGAGCUCCAGGCUCUACGGUAGAGGUCGUGGACUGGUACGCAUACCCGGAGUACACCGUGCCACAGAGCUUCAAGCCGUUUGUGCUGGAUCAAGAUGGGGAUCAAAGCCUCGGGAAGACGCCUUCCAUCAUGGUCAAUCAAGAGCACUGGGCCGAGGUUUUUUACAUCAACGCAGUGG